AUGGCGCCUGGCAUACUCAACGGCAGCCCCCCGAACGCGCCCCAAAACCCAGCUGUUGAUGUCGAGCACCAGCUGGCCCCCGUGAACGAGGACGAGGAGCAGGAUGCCGUCGCCGACCUGACGCUGCUGCGGAGCUUUCCCGAGCCUCCGACGGAAUGCCAGGUCUGUGUCGUCGGAGCAGGUCCCGCGGGACUGAUGCUGGGCGCCACCCUGGCCAGGUAUGGCGUUGCCGUCGAGGUCAUCGAUGACAGGGCCGAUCAGACCCCGGUUGGAAGGGCUGAUGGCCUUCAGCCAAAGACGAUUGAGACAUUCCGACAGCUGCGCCUGUCCGAUGCCCUGCUCCAGCGUGGCGUCCGCGUCUUCGACAUCUCCUUCUGGCGCAGCACCGCGGAGGAGCCCCUUCAUCGGCUGGGGCGCGAGGUUCACUACCCACCCGUAAUCGAUGUCUUGGACCCUUACAUCCUCCUGGUUCACCAGGGCAUUGUCGAGGGUCUCUUCAUCGACGACAUGCGAAAGCGGGGCAAGGAGGUUCGCAGGAACAUGGCCUUCGACUCCUACGACUUCCCCGCCGGCAAGAACGGACAGCUGCAAGUAAACUGCCGGACAAACGUCACACACGAUAAGCGCACUCUUCUAACUCAGUAUCUGGUUGGCUGCGAUGGAGCUCACUCCAAAGUCCGCAAGAGCAUACCCGAUGUCGAAGCUAUCGGCAUGUCUCAACCCGCUAUCUGGGGUGUUCUUGAUGGCGAACUCAUCACCGACUUCCCCGACAUCUGGUCGAAGACGCUCGUUUACUCAGAAGAGCAUGGGUCUAUCCUUCUCAUCCCUCGCGAACGAAACAUGACUCGUUUCUAUAUUGAGCUCAAGUCUUGCGUGGGAACCGAUCGACGCCGCCUCGGCCAGACCUUCGUCAUGGAGCAGGCGCGUAAGAUCAUGGCGCCCUACAACGUCGACUGGAAGUACAUCGAGUGGUUUGGGCGGUACCAAGUUGGCCAGCGGGUGGCGAGUCGCUUUUGUGAUGGCCAAACACGGGUUUUCCUGUCUGGUGACGCCAGUCACACCCACUCUCCGAAGGCGGCGCAGGGCAUGAACACGUCCAUGCACGAUUCGUGGAACUUGUCGUGGAAGCUGAACCUGGCUGUUCGCGGUCUGGCAAAGCCCACGCUGCUGGAGAGCUACGAGGAGGAGCGCCGGAAGAUUGCCCUGGACCUCGCCAACUUCGAUUACGAGCACGCAAACCAGCUGGCGGGAGGAGAUGCCGUUGCCCUGGCCAAGAACUUCAAGGCCAACGUACGCUUCAUCUCGGGGAUUGGCGCAGAAUACAGCGGCAGCUCCAUCAACAAGGAUGUGACAGAAAUCCCCUUUGGCAUGGGCGACGCAAGGCCGGGAUGCCUCUUGGCCCCGGGCAAGGUGUCCCGCUAUAUCGACUCCAACCCGGUCGAUGUGCAGCUCGACAUCCCCAUGCUCGGCCAGUUCCGAAUCUUCAUCCUGACGUGGGAUGUACAGCAAGCGGCCCCCUUCUUGACCACGUUCUGCCGCGCCAUUGCAGAGAGCAAGUCGUUUGUGAGCCAGCUCUCCGCAGCUGCCAGCGUCUCGUACGCAGAGCAGCCGAGGCUGGGCUCGCCGGAGGACGUCUAUCUCAGACCGGAGCGGUACACCGCCGUCAGCCACCUAUUCACCUUUGCUCUCAUAACAACGAUGGCCAAGACCGAGUUUGAGAUUUCCGACCUUCCCGCCCUGCUGCAAGACAGCCGCUGGACCAUCUACCUCGACAACGUCCCGGAGCAGGAUACGAGAGGGCAGCAAUGUACGGACAAGUGGCUGGGACGCCUCGAGCCGGGCGAGGUGGCCAUCCUCAACGUGCGGCCGGACGGCUACGUCGGGUCCGUCAACCGGUGGGACACGGCCGUGGACGACGCGGGUGUCGACGCCGCGAGGUGGCUCGACGACUACUACUCUGGGUUUAUGCAGCUGCCGGCGACGGCGAACUAA